AACCACGGCGAACACGACGCUUUCCGCCUGUCCCGCCCGCUAAUUGCUGCAAUUCCUUGGACACGCUUCCUCGCAUUGCAUUCAUACUUAGUUUACUCCCUCGAGUUGCCUUUGACGAGUAAACCUUCUGUCUCCUCCACUUGGGAACCUACUUCUUUCUUCCCACCUGCCUAACGAGAACCCAAUCUCACACUCAAAUCACUGUUUCAGUUGUCCGGACUUUUCACAGACAUCGUCAACACCGAGUCGCUACUUGCAAAAUGACGGCGGAUCAGGGGUUUGGUGGACCGGUCGAGAGAUCGAGGAAUUUGUCCACUUCGGCUCCAGGACCUAAUGGAGAGGGUGACGCGACUAGACCUGAGAAGGAGGUCAAGAGAAAACCCACCGAGGAUGAAAAGGACGAGACAGUACAGACAUCACAAGUUUCACCGCGCCGGUGCGACGACCCAUCACAAACCACCACUGGCCCCGUGGCCGCACCACUCUCAAGGGAGCCUUCCGCUGAUGGCUUAUCAACACCGAGCCCUGCCCCUGAGGGCCGCAAAUCUCCCGCCCCUUAUCAACCCCUAGAGCCCCCAGUAACCAGGUCAAGCCUGAGUGAACUGGAAGUCUCCAAGAUUAUCAACAACCCCAAACUCCGACACGAUAUUAACUUUGACCCUGAGCUGCACUUUAGACCGAAUGUGGAGGGCGACAAGGGCCGAAGGAAACACGACCGGGCCAGCAUCUUUUGGACCGCCCUGAAGGAGCAGUUGGUAGAGUUUAUCGUGGACCGAUCCAGCUUUUACGAGAAGCACGGCAUGGAAGAUGAUUGGUGCCUUCCUAAACUUCUCAAGGCCGUCAAGGACAUUAUUCAGACUCUGGUACCCCAGCGGGACCGACAAUUUCUCGACGAGGGUCUUAAUGUCGAGCUUCUGAUGCAGCAGUUCCACAAAGGGAUCGCCGACCUGGAGAAGCUGGCCCUGUGGCUCUCGCGUGUGCUCAAAUCACACUGCGCACCUAUGCGGGACGAGUGGGUGGAUUCCAUGUACAACCAAUUAAGCAGCGGCAACCGCAACAACGACGUUGAUGAGCUGGUCAAUGGUAUGCGCAGUCUGCUGAGUGUGCUGGAGGCGAUGAAAUUGGACGUUGCGAACCACCAGAUUCGAUGCCUGCGGCCUGCUCUGAUCGAGGAGACGACUGCUUUUGAGCAGAAGUUCCUGAUGAAGAAACUACGGAACCGCAAGAUGGAUAUCGGGGAUGCGAAGCCCUGGUACCGUGACGCCGCCAGGACGUACUCCGGCAAUGGAGGCACGACCUCAUCGGCUUUUGGAGACAUGGGUAUCUUCUUCGAGGGUCUCUCACGAUCGAUGCUGCCUUCAGCAGGCGAUAAGCCCCUUCCUGGCACUUUCUUCUUCGACGAAGACCGAAUGAGCCGAGUGAGGUCUGAUAUCCUCGACGCUAUUAAUCUGGAUGUUUGCAUGCGUAUGUACGAAGACUUGGAGAGGAUAGCCCGGUUCAACACGACGCCUGCGUUCUCUAACCACGCCUCGGAGGACGAGCCCCUGAUGCCGUCGAUGAUCAACAACGAGUUCAACUUCAACACUCCUCCUUCGCACUCCAGGCCGGCGAGCCUUGCCCUGAGCUCCGCUGGCUCCGCUUCUUCGUCCCCCCGAUCCUCUCUGAUUAUGCCUUCUUACAUGGUUCCCGACAUGAACGAGUCCAAGACAAAGGCACGCAAUCUGCGCGACUCGCUCGUGGCUCUUCUCCAGCAGGCUCCUCAUGACCUCCACAACCUCGACCGCUGGCGCGCCAUGGCACCAUCGAUGGCACUCCAGAUCUUCCGAUUUACCAACGCACCUUCCGAGAUGCUUCCCGCAUUCGAAGAGAAGCUCACCCAGAACGUUUCCAAGAUCACAUCGCCCAUCUUCGAGGAGGUCGAGGAGGCUUAUCGCAUCCGACUCGUUGCGGAACUGGCCACGCGGGUCCGUUACUUCAAGUCGCUCUCGGGCGUGUGUCUGUUUUCGAUCGCCACAGGCAACCGCGUGCCGAGCAACAACCGUGGCCUGGAUGCUGGACGAGAUCGAGACUUGGAUGCCGCCAUUCGCGUGGGGCAGCAGGAGGGCGGAAUCGAAGACAUUGCUACUCGCAUUGCCCACGUGGGCGUUGUGCACUGGAGAAUCUGGGCUCGCAUGGCCUAUGUGGAUGAGGACGACAUGUCGAUGGACUAAACUGGGCAUCUCAUCGGGCUGCGUUACAUCAGGCAUGGCAGCACGUCCAGCGACUCACCAACAACUACACUUCGCAACCUCCACUUCACCUCUACUACACUCUUCUAA